AUGAAUUAUAGAUAUGCUUCAAAAUUAAUAGAAAAAAGAAAACAUCCUGUCAAUGAUAUAACUUUACAAGAAGCAAGAGAUUAUAAUGACAGAUUUCCAUCUGUGUCACCAGCUCUAUCAUCUCGAUCGGAAAAUAGUAGUUUAUCCAACCGAACAACAGCUGAUGAAGUAAAAACCCGGUGGAGAACCCUACGGGAACGCUACAGUAAGGAAUUGCGGGAAUGCAAACCGCGUAGUGGCCAGGCAGCAGCAGAAUUUGAGUCAAGCUGGGAAUAUUUUCAGGCGAUGGGGUUCUUAAAAAACCACAUGAUGUUCCGCAAGACUUUAUCAAUGUUGAAGGUACAGGCUGGAGAGUCCUCCUUCUCAUGCUUGAAAAAUAAAAGGAAAAGUACUCCAAACACAGAAGAAUUAUCCAAAGAUGAAGAACUUGAAGAAUUUCAAUGUGAUGUGGACAGUGGCUGGAUUUCACAAGCUGGCCCAUCCCGUACACAUACUCCGUCUUUAAGCCUCUCAGUGGAAAGCGGGUCUUCACAAUCUCAAAUACAAAGGGGUGAGAGUUGCAGUACUCCCUCUCAAACGCCAAGUUUUAAAAGAGGCAACCGAAAACGAUCAGCUGUAGACCCCAUUGAUAGAGAAAUUUUAAAUUCUUUAAAAAAUUUAGAAAAAGACGAUGCAGAUGAUGCCUUUGGGAAGGUGGUGGCUUGCGAAUUAGAAGAAGAAAAAGCAUUAAAUUUUUUUCAAAUUGUAAUGGGGUUAGACGAUUAUUAA